GCGCUGUUGUUGCUCCUCUCCUGCGGCUCUCUGUGCAGACUGUGCGCCCCGCGUCAGAAGGGCCGUUGCAUAGGAGUAGUGUGCUUGGAGACUCAUUAAAGAGCUGUACAACCAUGAGUUACACCACGGAAGAGAGAGGAAAGCCCAACACUCUGGACUAUAGGGUGUUUUUCAAGAAUGCAGAAGGGAAACCCGUCUCACCCUUCCACGAUAUACCGAUGUAUGCCGAUGAAGCCAAGAACAUUUUCCAUGCUGUCAUUGAAGUUCCCAGAUGGACAAAUGCAAAGAUGGAGAUCGCCACUAAGGACCCGCUAAACCCAAUCAAGCAAGAUGUGAAGAAGGGCAAGCUGCGAUACGUCGCUAACGUGUUCCCGCAUAAGGGCUAUAUUUGGAACUACGGUGCAAUCCCUCAGACAUGGGAAGAUCCAGGACAUAAGGAUAAGGACACUGGUUGCUGUGGUGACAAUGACCCCAUUGACAUAUGUGACAUUGGCAGCAAGGUGUGCUCACGAGGAGAGGUCAUUAGGGUGAAGGUUCUGGGUACUUUAGCACUGAUCGACGAGGGUGAGACGGACUGGAAAGUGAUCGUGAUAAACACCGAGGACCCCGAAGCUGCAAAUUUCAACAGUAUUGAGGACGUCAGGAGACUAAAGCCCGGCUACCUGGAGGCCACAGUGGAUUGGUUCAAACGGUACAAGGUCCCAGACGGAAAGCCUGAAAAUCAGUUUGCCUUCAAUGGAGAAUUCAAAGACAAGGACUUUGCUGUCGAGGUAAUAAAGAGCACUCAUGAUUUCUGGAAAGCACUCGUUUAUCAAAAGACCAGCGCAGGAGAACUGAAAUGCAUGAACACCUGCAUCACUGACAGUCCGUGCUGCUGUGCAGGAGAUGAAGCCGAACGUGUCAUCGAGGAGGCAUGUCCUUUAGGUGCUGAAGAUCCUAUCCCAUCAACAGUUGAUAAAUGGUUCUACUAUGAGAAGAACUAACGUAGGAUGAAGACUUCAAAUGGACCAGAACUUUGAAGCUCUAGAUUGUUCUAAAGACAUAGAUUUUGAAAUUUAAAUGGCUUAUGGUGAAUGCUGUCCUUCUGCUUGGAUUCUGAGGUUUUUUCCCCCCCACAUAUUGGAGAACUAAAUGCUUAUUUUAGUUGUACUUAUUUAAUUAAUUUGCUAUACAUUUUUAGUGUCCAGCUCAGAAUCUGUUUAAAAUGUCAGACCUCUGCAAAAACAUGAGUAAAGAUGUUUGAGGAAAA